AUGGUCUUUGCUAUUAAUGAGAUUAAUGAGAAUCCAGAACUUUUACCAAACAUUACACUGGGCUUUCGCAUUUAUGACUCCUGCUUUAAUGAAAUGCAGGCUGUUAAUGGAGCGCUACAGAUACUAUCGGGGAGUGAAAGGGCAAUUCCCAAUUACAUGUGUGAAGAGAAAGCUAAAGUGGUGGGAUUAAUAGGAGAUCAUCAGUCCUCCAAUUCUGUUGCUGUGGCAAGAAUUCUGGGACUCUAUCGCUUUCCUCAGAUAAGCUUUGGGUCAGCGUUGGCCUAUCUAAGUGAUAAAAUCAGUUUUCCCUCUUUUCUGCGCACUGUAAUAAGUGAUAAAAUACAGCCUUUUUAUUUCAAUAUACUAAUGAUCCAUUUUAACUGGACCUGGAUAGGAAUUUUAGCUGCAGAUAAUGACUUUGACCUGUAUGACAGUGAACUCUUGAGAAAAGACAUUGAAGCAGCUGGGAUUUGUGUGGCCUUUUUUAUGCGGAUAUCUGCCCAACACACCAGAGACCAGACACUUUCUAUUCUACAAGUCAUCAAAAAAUCAACAGCCACAGUUGUGUUACUUUACUGCUCAAUGCCAGAACUAAUCCCUUUUAUGAAAGUCGCAACUGAAGAAAAUGUAACUGGAAAGGUCUGGAUUGCCAGUGGCAGCUGGAGCAAUUCUCCAAUCUUUUCAUACAGAGAGUUCUGGGGAACAUUAAAUGGUACUAUUGGGCUUAAUCUCCCUUUAAAAUUAAUCCCUGGAUUUGGAGAAUUCAUUUAUAGCAUUCAUCCAUGCUUAUAUCCAAAUGAUAUUUUCAUGAAACCAUUUUGGGAAACAAGUUUUGGUUGUUUGUGGCUCAAUGGAACACCAGUCAACGGAUCGAUCUAUUGUACAGGGCAGGAAAAUCCUAAAACUUUAGAACAGCAAGGCUAUCAUGACAAAGGAUCAGCAUAUGCCAACCUUAUCUACAAUGCAGUUUAUGCACUGACCCAUGGAAUCAACAAUAUGAUUUCCUGUAAAUCCGAACCCCUUUGUUCAACCUUAAAUAGAUUGGAACAAUGGAAGAUUUUGCAGCAUGUAAAACGUGUGAGGGUAAAAAACAGUGCUGGCCAGGACUUGAUCUUUGAUGAGAAUGGGGACCAAAUAUCUUACCUUGAGUAUGUUAAUUGGCAAGCUCUUCCCAAUGGUGAAACAAAAUUUGUAAAUUUUGCAAAGUUAGAAUAUCCUGCAAAUUAUUUUGUUAGAAGUAACAAUACCAUUUUCUGGAGUGGAGGUUACACAGAGGCACCCAUAUCUAUAUGCAGUGAGAGCUGCCCUCCAGGAUACAGAAAGGCCCCACAGAAGGGACAGCCUGUCUGCUGCUUUGACUGUAUCUUAUGCUCAGAAGACGAGUUUAGCAAUGAAACAGAUUCAACAAGUUGUAUGAAAUGCCCUGAAGACAUGUGGGCAAAUCAGAAACACAAUGACUGCUGCCUUAGGAUCCUGGAAUUUCUGUUUUUUAAAGAACCCUUAGGGGGCACCUUGGCUACUAUCUCAGUACUGGGAUCUCUCCUUCCUCUUGGCAUCCUGUCAAUUUUUAUAAGAAACUCAGAAACUUCUGUUGUGAAAGCUAAUAACCGGAAUCUCAGUUACCUCCUUCUCCUUUCACUGUUCUGCUGCUAUCUUUGUGCCUUAAUGUUCAUUGGUCGUCCCAUUACUAUAACCUGUAUCCUCAGGCAAUUUAUAUUUGGGAUCAGUUUUGUCAUGUGCAUUUCGUGUGUCUUGGGAAAGACAAUGAUGGUGGUGAUCGCCUUCAACCUCACCCAGCCAAGGAACAGCAGGAGAAUGUGGUUGAAUUCUGGAGUAACUAACACCCUGGUGCUUGUGUGCACAGCUAUACAAGUGAUUAUAUGUGCUGGGUGGCUUGCGCACUCUCCUCCUUUUGAAUACCAAGACAAUAAAUCUAAGAUGGGCACCAUUAUUGUGGAAUGUAACAAGGGAUCAUUAACAGGUUAUUCAUGCACAAUGGGAUAUAUGGGAUUUUUAGCUACUUUAUGUUUUGUAGUUGCUUAUUUGGCAAGAAAGUUGCCAGGCAGUUUCAAUGAGGCCAAACUGAUCACCUUUAGUAUGUUGAUAUUUGGAGCUGUUUGGAUCUCCUUCAUCCCAGCCUACCUCAGCACCACAGGGAAGUACAUGGUGGCAGUGGAAGUGUUUGCUAUUUUAUCAUCAAGCAGUGGAUUAGUGGCAUGUAUAUUUUUACCCAAGGUCUACAUUAUUAUACUGAAUCCAAAGAUGAACAAGAGAAACAAAACUAUAAUUAUUCAAAAAAGAUUAAAAUAA